AUGAAAGUGCCAUUGUAUGCUGUCGCUGGUGUUGCGACAUCUUGUGUUGCGUUCCUUUUUGGGAUGGACACAGGAAGCAUCGGUCCUAUUACUACCAUGUCUUCCUUCAAAGAUACAUUUGGCGAUUUCUCGGCUACUAUACAUGGAGUCAUUGUCUCAACUAUUCUUAUCCCUGGCGCGUUGACAGCACUUGUUGCGGGUGCCCUAGCUCAUCGCUUUGGACAUGUUCGACUCAUCGCCAUUGGAUCUAUCAUCUUUGGUAUUGGAGCUGCUAUUGAAUGCGGUGCACCGUAUCUCGGCGUUUUUAUUUUUGGCAGACUCAUCAAAGGAAUAGGCGAGGGUCUCUUCCUGAGCAAUGUCUACGUUCAAGUAUCAGAGAUGUCUCCAUCCCGCGUGAGAGGCAUCAUGACAGCGCUUCCGCAGUUUCUCAUCACGACCGGCAUCGUCACAGGCUACUUUACUUGCUACGGGACAUCAAGAUUGGGUGACUCGUCUAUCACCUGGCGUUUACCCUUGGCAAUUGUGGCUUUUCUUGGAGUUUCUCUGUCGAUGGUGGUAUUCAUUGUGCCUCCUUCUCCACGCUGGCUUCUCUCGAAAGGACGAACGGACGAAGCUAGAUCAGUGUGCAGAAGGCUUGGAAUCGACGAACUCGAAGAAAAAGAGCUUCUUUCCCAAGUCUACGACACAUCUGGCAUGCUGGAUGGUGAGACAUCACUCUGGCAGGAUCUGCGGCAUACUUUCAAGGAUUUCAGAUGUGCAUUCUCUGCACCAUACCGCGGCCGGACCGCCUUCGCUUGUUUUCUCAUGGGGAUGCAGCAGUUCAGCGGCAUUGAUGGAGUUUUGUACUACGCCCCAAUACUCUUCACUCAAGCAGGUCUCAGCGGUGAAAAGGCUUCGUUCUUGGCAUCUGGAAUAUCCGCUGUCGUGAUUCUUGCUGCAACACUUCCUGCUACCAUUUUUGCGGAUCGAUGGGGGAGACGCAUGCAGAGCAUCCUAGGCGGUGUCUUGAUCGUGGGCCUGAUGGUAAUCAUGGGAUCACUAUAUGCAGCUGGACAGGUCCAUCCGGAACACGGUGCGGGUAGAUGGGUUGUCAUUGUCUGCAUCUACCUUUUCGCUAUUGCGUUCAGCUUCACGUGGGCCAUCGGCUUUCGAACGUGGGUGGUAGAGAGCAUGCCGCGAAGGACAAGGAGCAGUGCCUCUAGCCUUGCGCAAAGUUCAAACUGGACUGCGAACUAUAUCGUGGCGCUUGUGACGCCAGUACUUCUUGAUAAGUCGUCGUUUGGCGCAUACUACCUUUUUGCUGGGUGUAGUUUGGCUACAACAGUGAUGGUCGUCUUGUUCAUGGGUGAGACCAAGGGUUAUAGCUUGGAAGAGAUCGAGGAAAGGCAUGGUGAGAGGAGAGAGAAGAGCAUUCCAUUCAACUUGUGA